AUGGGGGAAUGGAAUCUGUUGGGCCGUCUCCUGGACAAGGUCCAGACCCACUCCACCAUGGUCGGCAAGGUGUGGCUGAGUGUCCUCUUUAUCUUCAGGAUCAUGGUCCUGGGAGCUGGGGUAGAGAAGGUCUGGAGCGACGAGCAGUCCGACUUCAUGUGCAACACGGACCAGCCGGGAUGUGGGAAUGUGUGCUACGACCACGCCUUCCCCAUCUCGCACGUUCGCUUCUGGGUCCUCCAGAUCAUCUCGGUGUCCACGCCAACACUGAUCUACCUGGGCCACGUCGUGCAUGUAAUCCAUGUUGAAAAGAAAAUGAGGGAGAGGAUGAAACAGCUAAGCCAGGACGAACAUGCCAACCUCUUCCUCAGGAAGAGUUAUCAGAUGCCCAAGUACAGUAAUGAUAAUGGAAAGAUUCACCUGCGAGGUCGUCUCCUGAGAAGUUAUGUUCUCCACCUGAUGGCCAAGAUCCUGCUGGAGGCAGGCUUCAUCACAGGCCAGUACUUCCUGUAUGGCUUCACCCUCGAGGCACGCUAUGUUUGUCGUCGCUUCCCCUGCCCACACCAGGUGGACUGUUUCCUGUCUCGACCCACUGAGAAGAGCAUAUUCAUCUGGUUCAUGCUGGUGGUGGCGUGCAUCUCCCUGCUGCUCAGCCUGGCGGAGCUGCUCUACCUGUGCAUCCGCUCUGUGAAGGAGUGUAUGGCCUGCAAGCAGGACUACACCGUGACCCCAGUGACCCCGCCAGUGCUACAGAGGAUGGCAUAUGAGAACAGGGACCAGGCUAUCCAGAACUGGGUCAACUUGGAGAUGGAGCUACAGAGCAGAAAGUUUCAGGGGGGAGGAGGAGUGGAGGGAGGAGGAGUGGGGGGGGGGGUUCAGGCUAAGAGUGUGACAUCUGAGGACAACUUGGGGGAGGUCCAUAUCUGA